CGGUUGGGUUUGUUGUGACAGCCAAUACAAAACAGCGUCGUAAAUUCCUACGAAAAAUAAUCCGCGUCCCGUGCUGGUGUUUUGUGAUUUUCCUUGAUUUUGAUCAAUUUCACACAAAAAUGCAGGACGAUAUGGACGGUACCCAUUCGGAAGACUCCAGCUGCGAGCAGCUGCUAAAGGCAGGAACGCCACUCCGGGAGCAGGACCGGUUCCUCCCGAUUGCCAACAUAACGAAAAUAAUGAAAAAGUCCGUACCGAAUAAUGGCAAAAUUGCGAAAGAAGCGCGUGAAUGCAUUCAGGAGUGUGUGUCCGAGUUUAUCUCCUUCAUCACAUCCGAGGCGAGCGAUCGGUGUCACAUGGAGAAGCGCAAAACCAUCAACGGAGAGGACAUUCUGUGUGCCAUGUAUGCGCUAGGUUUCGACAACUACAUCGAACCGCUCAAGCUCUACCUGAGCAAGUACAAGGAACAGAACAUAAUGUCGGAGCGUCAAGCAUCGGAGGAGCGCGGUGAGCCAGUGCAGACGGGAGAAUCGAGCCGGCAGGGAAAUGAUUCUGUAACCGCUCAAGUCCUUCCCACAGUUAUUGGCAAUGCCGAGAUCAUUUACCAGUCGGAGGACGGCACGCUGUACUUCAAGAACGAACCGUACGAGCAGAUGUGAUGUUAAUGUUAGCUUGUCGAUUAGCUACGUAUUUUAUUAAGCUAUAUUAAGGUGUUUCUUAAUUUUCAAUAAAUGAUCUUCAUUAGUGCGCUGCAUUUGAUAAA